GUCACUAUAACAGAAGGACAUAAUCAGGGUGGUAAUUCUGCAGAACCUUACAGCCAGUCUCGGCCACCAGGGAGCUCACUUCUUCUUUACGCUUUUCUGAGCUGCAAAGUCCACUGUCAACAUGUCUGACACAGAGGAAGUUGAAGGCGAGGGAGAAGCCCAAAGGCCACAGUUCAAGGCACCAAAGAUUCCUGAUGGCGAGAAAGUGGACUUUGAUGACAUUCAGAAGAAACGUCAGAACAAGGAUCUUGUUGAGCUGCAGGGCCUGAUCGAUGCGCACUUUGAGCACAGAAAGAAGGAGGAGGAGGAGCUCAUCGCCCUCAAAGAAAGAAUUGAGAAGCGUAGGGCUGAGAGGGCCGAGCAGAACAGGAUCCGUAGCGAGAAGGAGAAGGAGCGUGCGGCGAGACGUGAGGAGGAGAGGCUGAAGAGGGAGGAGGCAGAUGCCAAGAAGAAGGCUGAUGAGGAUGCGAAGAAGAAGUCUGCCCUGUCCAGCAUGGGCUCCAACUACAGCAGCCAUCUGCAGAAGGCUGACUCAAAGAGAGGUGGGAAGAAGGAAACUGAGAGAGAAAAGAAGAAGAAGAUCCUUACAGGCAGACGCAAGGUCCUGAACAUCGACCAUCUGAAUGAAGAGAAACUGAAGGAGAAGGCAAAGGAGCUGCAUGAAUGGAUGAAGACGCUGGAGUCUGAGAAGUUUGAUCACAUGGAGAGGCUGAAGAGGCAGAAGUAUGAGGUCACAACCCUGCGUAAGAGAGUGGAGGAGCUGAGUAAAUUCUCUAAGAAGGGUAAAACAGUCCGCAGAAAGUAAACGGUCCCAUUCUGCUGCUUGGAGCCCAGACUGCCACUGUACUACCGGACACACGUCUAAUGCAGCAACAACAACACACACUUACGCUAAAGUCAUGGCUCAGACAAGACUAACUACGUUUUACUGUAUGCUUAUUCACCCAAGACGUGCUACAGUCUACAGCCCAGAGCCAUUAGCUGCUGUUGUAGGAAUUAUCCUUCAUGCUUUCUCGCCCUGGAUUGUUUGGUUCUCAGUAAUUUUGUAAAUAAAGUGUGACUCUUCAA